AUGGAUGCGGCUAUAUCGACCCUUCUGUGCACUGGUGUUGUCAAUUUUCACAGUAUGGGCGUCGGAGGUGGCUUUCUAAUGGUGUAUUACAAUGCAUCUGAGAAACGAACUUAUACACUAGAUGCAAGGGAGACAGCGCCGGCCAACGCAACGGAAACUAUGUUUGUUGGUAAACAUCCAAGUAUCCACGUUCAUGGUCCAUUGGCGAUUGCAAUUCCAAGUGAACUCAAGGGUUACUACGUUGCUUGGAAGAAAUUUGGCAAGCUGCCUUGGUCGGAGUUGUUUGAGGACGUUAUCAAAAUGUGUCGAGAUGGCGUACCUGUAUCAACCACCCUCGAUGGCAUUUUGAAAAUAUUCGGUUCUCAAAUACCUCCUAAUACACCUCUUUGGGAUCUCUUGUACAAUAAGACUGAAGGACGGCUGAAGACCACUAAUGAGACAGUGGUUCGUCCAGAGUUUGCAGAUUUCCUUCAACGAGUAGCGGAGAAGCCGGAGGAAAUCCUUAACGGAUCAUUAGCAGAAGAAAUUGCUGAAGAUUUGAAAAAAGCCGGAUCAAUAAUCACUCUUAAGGAUCUUGCGGAUUAUGAACCUCUGUGGCGAGAUCCUCUUGACAUCCCUCUUCGAUCAAAAGGCACGGAAACUGAUCUACGUCUGAUCACAUGCCCUCCACCGUCAAGUGGAGUACUCGUUGGAUUGGCGCUCAAUGCUUUGGCUAAUUACAAUUACACGGAUGGCAGACGCUUUACAGGCAAUGGUACACUUUAUUACCAUCGAAUGACUGAAGUUCUCAAAUUCAUAUUCGCCAAGCGAACACUUCUUCCUUCUGAUUGUUCUAAAAGUACAGAAGAUAAAAAGUUCCUAGAUAGACUGAUGACGUUGGAAGCAGCAGACGAAAUAGCUGCAAACGUAACUGACAGCGGAACGCACAAUAUAAGCUACUACGGAUCAAUAUUCCCAUCUCCACGUGAUCAUGGCACAGCACAUGUCAGCAUUGUGGGACCUAAUGGUGACGCCAUAUCCAUUACCUCCACAAUCAAUACACCGUUUGGUUCUGGCGUUAUCGGCUCGCGAACAGGAAUCCUAUUCAAUAAUGAAAUGGAUGAUUUCUCCACACCGAAUUCCCCAAACGCCUUCGGAUUGGCACCUUCACCAAAGCAUUUUAUCAAACCUGGCGCGCGACCGAUUUCUUCCAUGACACCGGUUAUAAUUACAGAUGCAUCAAGCGGCACUCCUCGUGUUAUUAUCGGCGGAGCGGGGGGUUCAAGGAUUAUUAGCUCAGUUAUUCAGGCAACUUACGCGAAUUUGAAGUUGGGCAUGAAUAUGAAGGAGGCUAUUGACGCCAUUCGGGUACAUCAUCAAUUACUUCCAGAUAAACUACAGUACGAAGUUCAAAUGUCUUCGGAAAUUUUGGAGGGAUUAGCUGCUCUGGGUCACGAUUUAAGUAAAGGAGGCCUUAGGUCAGCCGUUCAAGGAAUUGAAGUCAUGAAAUCCCCAUGCCCAGGUCAAUCUGAAGGUCGCUGCCUUCUUGUUAAUUCGGACUAUCGCAAAGGUGGUGACCAUGCAGGCUUUUGA